UUUUGCGCAGUUAUUUUGCCUACGGUUCUUUUGCCCACGGUCUUUUUGCACACAGUUGGAUAAAGCACACCUACAUAUUCAUAAGUAAUAAUAUAUUCAUUGUUACAAGUUCGAUCUCUUGCGUCACAAAUAAUCUUUUGCUUCUUUUUUAUUGCCGCAUAAAGGUUAGAUCAUGACUGGCAGCUGAGAUCGUCAUUAUGAUGUUAAAUGUGGCAAUUAAAUUUCAGUUGUAAGAUGUGGUCAUCUAAUAUUUAGUUGUGAUAGCUAAACAUUUUGCAGCUGUGCCUAUCGUAUUAAGUGCGACAGCAACCCGUUUGCUGUGGUUUAGAAAUUUAUAGUUACGGUAGCAAAAUAUUUUAAAUAUUUUUAGCGAACCGAUUAGCUUACCACGAUAGCAAAAUUAUUUUUUAGUGCCAGCGCUGCACGUAGGUAGGUUCGCCGAUGAGUACUGACUAUCGGAUAGCCAGUCAAACAGAAACGUUCUCAACGAAGACUCGGUUGGAGGUAGGUCGUGCAUUCUUCGCGCGUUCUCACGAUUCCAGGUGCGAUGUCAUGGAUAAAUGACAACACCCUGAACUGGUUUCAAUCCCUGGUUUUAAGGAUUGUCAAGACCGGUCAGAUACCUGGACACGUGGCGUUAAUCAUGGACGGAAACAGACGUUACUCGAAUAAACAGAAUUUGAGAAAAGUGGAGGGAACCUUGAGAGGGUUUAUAAAAAUGACCGAGACGUUGAAUUGGUGCAUGCAUCUCGGCAUUACGGAGAUUACGGUCUAUGCUUAUAGCAUAGAGAACUUUCAACGCAGCAAGGAGGAAGUUGAUAUAUUCAUAGAUUUUGUCAAGCAGGGAUUCAAGUGUCUCUUAGAGGAAAGGGAAAAACUGCAGAAGGCUGGAGUGUGCAUUCGCGUGAUUGGCAAUUUGUCCUUUCUCCCAAAAGAUAUGUGCAAGUUGAUCGCCGAAGCUAUUGUGAUCACUAAGGAUAACAACAAAAUAAUUUUUAAUCUUGCUCUUUCUUAUACAUCAAGGGAUGAAGUUACUAGUGCAAUUAGGGAUAUAGGAAGAGGUGUAAAGCGUGGUGAAAUUCUGCCAGAAGAUGUUGAUGAAGACCUGAUUAACGACUGUUUGUACUUUUACAAAUCUCCAAAUCCGGAUUUAUUAAUUCGUACUUCUGGAGAGACUCGACUUAGCGAUUUCCUUAUGUGGCAAAUUGCUGACUCCUGCAUCUACUUCACCGAUGUACUGUGGCCUGAAUUUAGUAUAUGGAAUUUUCUUGCUGCAAUCUUUUAUUAUCAGAGAUGUUUUCCUGACUUGCAAAAAAAAAGGAAUACGACACCGAUCGUGCGUAACAGUAGAGUAUCCAUGUUUAUUGAUAAGUUGCAUCGCGAACGCGAUAUUAUGAUUGAAAAUAUGUAUCUAUCUGAUCUAUCAACCGUUUCUAGAAACAAAUAAACGCUAUUCCAGUAAAUAUAAGUAUCAGUGAGAUAUGAUGAAAACGUAUUGCAUUGUAUCUUGCUUUGAGCUAACUGUUCAUUGCAAUAUAAUUAAUUUGUUUGUCUCGAGUUUUAUUCUAUCUCGUGAAUAUAUUUUUCGCAAUACAUUUUCUCUAAUUAGAA